UUUUUAAAGUAGUUUAUAUUAAAAUUAAAUAUUAGACUAAUAAUUAUUAGUUUAUUUUAGACCUAGCCAGUUAUGAAGUUUUAGAUCUAGAUCUAUAUUUAAUAUUAACGUUUAACUCCUCAGUUGUGUGUAUUAAUUAUUUAAAUGGCUGCCAAAAAAAGCCCAAUAAAGGACCACAACUUACAAAUAGCUGCCACACCUGAUAAGUUAUCCUGUCCAGAAAAUAGCUCUAUUUCAAGCAGUUCAUCUCAGAAUAAACCAAUUAUUCUUCAGCUAAACACCAACAAUUUUUCAGCUUCACAAAAACUAAAAAGUUUGCUGCCAAAAAGUCUGUUGCAUCAAGCUUUAAGACAAGAGCCUGAGAUCAAAUCAUAUCCUGUUAGCCAGGAGACAGAACUUCAGCCUGGAGCUUUUGGUACUAAUAUAAGUGGUUUUACAACUAGUGAUGCUGCUAUUCAUUCUCAGUCUGGUGAUGCUGAAAACAAAGAUAACUUGAAUGCAGCUUCUAUUGAUUUUGGUUACUCAGUAACUACCCUUGAAGCCAUCGAAUCAAUCCUUCGCCAACUAAAUUCAAAUAUUUCACCCAGUAAUAUAUUAGAAACCAAUGCUGAUAAACAGCAACAACCAGAAUUUGAGCAAAGUGUUGAAAAAUGUGGUUCAUUUGGGGAAGAAUCUCUUCAUAAUGAGCAUGAUUCCAUUGAAACCCAUCCACCCACUACAAAUAAUCCAGUUGCAACCAAUCAUGAAAUUAAUCCAGAAGGUAGUGCACCACCAGUUUCUCAUGAUUCUUCUGAAGACCAGGAUAAAGAUCAAAAUGUUGUGAAAAAAACUAUGGUUGAAGCUUUUGUUAAGAUGGUAGUUUGCAGAAAAGUAACAGUUCAAAAAGUACAUGCAAAAACUGGUGAAAUUCUGGAAACUAAAGUGAAGACAGAAGAGGAAGAACCGGUUAUUCUAGGAGUAGACUGUGUGGAAACUACAGAAGACUUAAUGUCAGCUCCAAUAUCUGAAUUUUCUUUAGACAAUGCUGCUGACAUUGCAGCUUCUAAAUGGGGGGCAUCAUUAGAUGGUGGGCUAAAGUUUUUAAGUGCUGUUUCAGAAAGUAGACAGAAGAUAGGGAAAAGUGUAUUGAAAGAGAGAAUUAUAAAAUCAACAAAGUCUAUGGAAUUGGGUGGCCAAAAAGAACCUCACCUUUUAAAAUCUGAUGCUUCACAUGUAAAAGAAGAUACUGGCAUGAUAAAAACUGAACAACUUACAGACAGUGAAAAUGAUGAUUGGAAUGAAGAGUUGAAUGAUGACAGUGAAGAUUAUGUCCCCAAUUCACACCAAAUUAGUGCAGCUAAAUCAAGCUCAAAAAAUAUUGGUCUUCAUCUCAGUCAAAUCAACCCUAAUAAUAAGAAAAAUGUGGAAAAUGAUGACUCAGUCAUUCUGAUGCAUAAAAAAAGAGGCAGAAAAAGAAAAUGGGGCAAUGCAUUAGGUAUGGCUUCAAACCUUAGGAAUUGUGUAUUUUGUAAUAAAAGAUUCAGCAGCAUUAACUCUUGUGCAGAACAUAUGAAAAAUGGAAAGUGUAUUUCUUCCCUGUAUUGUUUUAUUUGUUCAAAGACAUAUAACAGUGAAGAAGAACUAGAAAAGCACCUCUCCACUCAUGGGAAUGAACCAAAGUCUAAAGCUUUUGAUUGUAGUGAUUGUUUUCGAUCAUACAGAACUAGGGCUGGCUAUGAAAAGCAUUUUAGAAUGGGAACCUGUGUAAAAAAAGAUGAAUUGGAAGAAGCAUUUUUGGGUCCCAUACAGUGUGAGCUUUGUCCAUCACGAUUUAGCACUCAGGGCUACUUGAGGCUUCAUAGAUACAAAGUGCAUGAGAAUCCUAAAGACACACACACAUGUCUGGACUGUGGAAAGAAAUUUUACAGUUCGCUUGGAUUUUACAAGCAUAAAAAUGGCCGUCCAUGUACUGAACCUUUAAAAUGUUGGGUGUGUGGGAAAACUUAUGCCAGCAAAGCAAAAGAGAGUUUUAAGAUUCAUAUGAAGCAUCAUAAAUCUGAAGUGGGUGGUAUAACAUUCCACUGCGAUGAGUGUGGCCGUGGGUAUAUGACACAGAUGGCUCUGGCAAAACACAAGAUAUCCCAUACAGGAGUCAAACCAUACAAGUGUGAUAUUUGCGGGAAAACUUUUUCCAUGCGGUAUAUGGUUAAAGACCAUGCUCGUAUGCACACGGGGGAACGACCAUAUUUAUGCAGUUUAUGUGGUAGUGCUUUUAGCAAUAAAGGUCAUUUAGGAAGACAUUUAAGAUCACAUGAAAAUGGAACUUUGUUGAAAAGAGGUAGACCGAAAAAGAUAAAAGAGCCAGACAAUAGUGUUCAGGACACUGAAUUAAAGAUCAUCGACUUGGGUCAAACUCUACAAAACUUUGAUGGGCAAUCAAUACAAGUUGUUAAUGGACAACUGUUUGAGGCACAGACUCCCGGAGCACCAAUGAUAAUUCAAGCUAACAAUAAUACAAUAAUAAUUGCGGAAAGUUGGCCAACCUCUAAUUCUUCUUCUUCAUCAGUCACGCUUCCUACAUCUCAUGAUAUCACUCAUGUAAGUUAAAAGUAAAUAAAAGCAAAUGACUGGAAAUUAAAAGCUUUUGUUAAUUA